AUGCAUGAACAUACCCCUGGUUUUUUCCCAUUGUGUAAUAUUAAUAGUUGUCCUGCCAAAUAUAAAUCUGUAAAAUAUUUAUGUCACCAUAUGCACAAAAAGCAUAAUUUCAUUUUUAGCACACCUCAAGUAAUAAAAAAUGAGCCUGAUAAUAUUAGUGAAACAAUGGAAAACCAUAUUUUAGCAGAUAGAAAUGGGGAUAACACCAUAGCUGAAUUUGUGAUAGAUUCUACCUCUAACAACUGCAGUCAAGCAAGUUGUAGUUUGGAUUCUAAUAUAGGUGCCAUAUCCUCGCUAGACAGUCUACUCAGUUAUUUGCAGAAACAUUACGCUAUGUUUGUAGUUGCAAUAGCAGAAAAACAUUUGAUUCCGUCUGUUGCUCAAAUUGAUUUAGCAAAUGAAGUUCAAUCUUUGUUGACAUAUUUUAAUCAUACUUUUUGUGAUCUAGUAAAGCAGCAACUUGGGGAAGACCUUGUUAAUAAUAGUGAUUUAUGUCAACUUUUAAAUAGUGAUUUGAUUGUAGAUAAAGUUUUAUCUGUGGUCAAUUCUAUCAAAAAGGUUAUAUCAUUUUGUAAGUCAAACUUAAGUUUUAUUUUGCCAGUUGAAACAAAUUUACACUAUGUGAAUGAAAACCAACGCGAAUACGAUUUAAAAAAAAACAAAGCUGUGAAACUUUUCAAUGGUUUAAAUUGUAAACAAUAUGUCAUUUUUAAAAACAAGAAUGCAUUAAGAAUUCAUUUAUAUUGUGAUGAAUUAGAGGUUUUAAGACCUUUAAUUCAGGAUUUGCUGACAUUGCAAAAUGAAGGUAUAUUAGUUAUAUUUGAUAAUAUGCAGGUUCGAUUGUUUGGAGGGGUUGCAACUAUAUCUGCUGAUAAUCUUUCCUCUCACGCACUUGCUGGUUUUCAACGUGUUUUUAACUCUGCUGCUAUUUCUGGUCUAGGUCGCAUUUCUUCUAGUGUGUACGGUGUCGAUAAACGCUGUCCUUUAUUAGAUUUACCAUACUUUAAUGUUUUACAGUCUUUCCCACCAGACAUCAUGCAUGAUAUGUUAGAAGGAACAGUUCCACAAUUAGUAAAUUUAAUUUUGUUAAAAUUUAAAACACUUGAUAUAAUUACAGUAGAACAAAUUAACUCAGAGCUUAACAUUUUUGAAUUUGGCAGAAAUGACAGGAAAAACAAACCAGUACCAUUUGUUAUCCGUACUGGUGCGUCUAUUAACUUUGUUGGUUCAGCGUCACAGAAGUUUUGCAUGUUUUGGUUACUACCGUUUAUGAUUGGUAAUCGCAUACCAAUAUCUAAUGUGUAUUGGUUACUGUACUUGCAGCUGCAAGAUAUUGCUGUACUUGCAGCUGCGAGAUAUUGCUGA